AGUUAUUACUCCGAGUCUCUUUGAAUUAAAUGAAGCGGUUGUAUCUGCUGCCAACAACCAAAGUUGGUCGUCGUAACAUCUUCUUGCAAUAUUACUUCUAAUCAUUUCAGUUAAUUUAAAAUUUGUUUAAUUAAAAUAAAUUUUGUGAAAUUAAUUUUAUUGCCAAUACAGACCAAUACGGAUCAUUUUGCGCAGCCACAAAGCAUUAGGCAAGCAAGCGCCCAAAAGAAACAAUUUUUUUGAAAAGUAUUUUUUUAAUAAAAUAAGAAUAUUUCAAAAAUUAUUUUGCUAUUAUUAAAAUAACGAUAUAUUAAAACAUUGUCAAUAAAAAAGUGAGUUUAACUAAAAAAUAAAAUCAAGCUAAUGAACACAGUGUGGCUUAAAGGAUAGUCGCAAGGACUGCAGUGAAAUCAAAAGUUGAAUUAUCGAAUCGAGAUUUGCUGAGGCAACUUCAGCUUAGCAAUUAUUUCGAUAUUCGUUGAAAAGUGAAGAAAGUGCAAAGUUCUUAACUAAAAUAAACUGAACAGCAAAAAGGAUAUUUGCGAUUCUGAAAAGUGAACUUUUCUUUAUUAAAGUUUGGCAAUUGUGACAAAACGACUUUAGAAAUUUUUUCGACAUUUUUAAUUAAAAAAGGACACAACAAAAUGACAAGAAAACGUUCGAGUCCAUUGGGGCUCGAAAUAUUAGCAUCCAUUACAUUGGCGCUUGUAUUUUUACCCUUGUUAACACAAGCUGCUCCACUGCAAGAUAUAACAGAAAUUCAACAAUAUACUGAAGGCUGCUACUAUAACUACAAUCAUUAUAAUGAAGGCGAUAGAAUAAUGACAAAUGAGCCUUGCUUGAAUUGUACAUGCCACAAUAAAAUGCUCAUGUGUUAUUUACGUGUCUGCCCGUUCACAAAGCCAAUCGGUCACGAUUGUAUUGUGGAGAAGCGUGAAGAUCAAUGUUGUCCAAUUAUCACAUGUCCAGAAGUUCCAGUUGAUAUUGCCCAUCACGCUCCUGAACCAGGAACUGAAUUAAGUAUUCCUGAGAAAUAUGGUUGCAGUAUUGAUGAUAAAUUUUAUCCAGAAGGCGCACAAGUACCAUCAAAUCCAAACAAACCUUGUGAACUUUGUUAUUGUAUCAAGAAUCGCACAUCAUGUCUGAUGCAAGAAUGUACACUACACAUUGAUGGUUGUACACCAAUUUACAAUAAGGGCUCAUGUUGUCCAGUUCGCUAUAAUUGCGAUCACGAAAAUGAUGUUUUGGAAUUGGAAGAUCAUUCUACAACAACAACGACAACAGUACGUCCUACACCUGGUUUCAUUUUGACCACAACGAUGAUACCAUCAGUUUCUACUGAUUGUGUACACAAUGGUGAAUUGUAUGCUGAUGGCGCCUCAAUUACUGGAAAGAAUGCCUGUGAGCAUUGUUAUUGUAUGCGUGGCGAUAUUGUUUGUGCUGUUCAAGAAUGUGAGAUGCCAUUGUUGGCCAGUAAUGGAAAAUCUUGUCAUGCCCUGCCUCCUGCUGAAGGUGAAUGUUGUCCUAGCAAUUAUGUAUGUGAAGACGACUCUGCUACUACACAAAUUAUCGAUACAGCCACUAUCAGCUAUGAUGGUGAAGCAAUCACAACUGCAGCACCAGUUAAAGAUUUGCAUGGUGCAAUUCCUGAGGAAGAUUUACAAUUGCAACAACACAUUGACGAAGAUGAAGAUGCACAUAAAGAAUUACCAACAGAAAGCGCUGAACAACCAGCAACAGCAAAACCAGUUGAGGGUGGAGAGCUUGGUAGUGGAGAUUAUGAAACUAUUACUACGACUACUGAAACUACUCAUAUUGAUACAUCUGCUGCAGGUGUCAGUUCAACUACUGAAAAAGAUCAAAUUGAUGAUGAUAAGAAACAUAUUGAAGUUACUACCGUUAAGCCUCAUAUCUCUAAAGAACCAUCAUCCGCAGAAAAGGAUGAAGAAAAAGAACAUGAUGAAGAGGAAGCCGAUGUGGUUGAACUUACUACCCCCAAGACAACAAGUGAUAAACGAGAUCAGUUUGAUAUCACUACUGAGCAUUCAGAUGUUAGCAAGGAUGGUGAAAUUUCCGAUAUUUCAACAUCGGCACCCGCUAUCCCACAUGAGGAAACUACUGAAUUUGUUACUAAACAGCCAAUUCUAGAUGAUAUUCACCAUGCUGAAGACACAACACUAGAGUCUUCUGGUGAAGGUGAAUCUACAGAAUAUUCUACUCAACAACCGAUUUCACACGUUUCAUCUACAACACCGAAAAUUUCAGAAGUUGAUGAUCUUUCAACUAAAGAACCAAUUUCAGAAUCUGCUCAGCAUACUGAAGCAACAACUUCUAAAAUUCCUGAAGAUGAAGAAUCUAUUGAAUUUGGUACCAAGAAACCAGAUUCUGACGUUACUGGGUAUGCAGAUGUUACAACACCAAAAGUAUCCAUUCAACCCGAUGAAGCAGUUCAACCUGAUAUUACUACUCACGAAACUGAAGUUACUGAAGGUUCUGGAGAACCUGGUAGCAGCACAUCUAUUAAACCACCUACUGACGAAAACAUUGAUAUUGGAACCCAAAAAAUACCGACUAAAGAAGUUGAAGAUAAAAUUGAUAGUAGUACUGAAAGUGCAUCGGUUGAUGAUAAACAACAGACAGUAUCACCUGUUGAAAAGAUUGGUUCUGAAGAAGAUGAAGAAGUUAGCAAAACUACCAUCGCACCAUCAGUUAGUACUCACAAGCCAACUCAAGCAAUUUCAGGCGAAGAGGAAGCAUCUACAGAAGAAAUCGAAGAAGAUAAAUCAUCUACUGAAAUUCCAUCUGCUGAUGCCGAAAAACAAAAACCAGUCAUCGAUGCAUCAACAGAAAAAGUUGAACAAGAUAAAUUUUCAACUGAAAUUCCAGCGACAGAAGCAGAAAAAGAAAAACCAACUCUCGAUACAUCUACAGAAUAUAUCGAAGAAGAUAAGUUAUCUACAGAAAUUCCAACGACCGAUGCUAAAAAAGAAAAACCAGUCAUCGACACAUCUACAGAAUAUGUUAAAGAAGAUAAAAUCUCUACUGAAAGUCCAACAACCGAUACCGAAGAACAGAGGCCAGUUGUUACCAAACAGCCAGACAGUGAUGAGGUCUCUGAAGAAGAUAUUAGUGGACAUGUAUCUGGUACUGUUUCAACUCCCAUUGAAGGCGAUGAAAGCAAAACUGAUCAACCUGAUAUUGGUGAUAAAAAAACUGACUUGGAUAUUCACAAACCACUUACUUCUGAUGACAAAGAGGAUACUUAUCCUGUUAAAGAAUCAACUGAUACAGGAAUCACAACGCCUCCUACUGAUAUAUCGGUUGAAACAACUUCAAUUGAAGAUCUCUAUAAAAUCUCAACUAUCAAACCACAUUAUGAGGUUCCUGAAAGUCAUAAACCAAUAUCAUCUGAGGAAGCAUCAUCUGAAGAGGUUAUUGAUAUGCAUAUACCCGCAAUUAUUCCUGGAGAAGGCGAUUGUUUGGUUGGCCAUAAAACUUAUGAAAAUAAUUCAAUUGUGCCAGCGUCUAAUGAAUGUGAAGAAUCUUGCAGAUGCAUUAGCAGUGUCAUUGUUUGUGCUCAUGUUGAGUGUAAUCUUCCUGAAAAUCUUGAAGAUUGUGUUUUGGAUGCAGCAACUACAACCCAAUGUUGUCCAAGCUAUAUUUGUGGUUUUGAUGCUAUUACAGAGAAAUCUAGUGAAGAAACAGAGAAAGAACAUACAACGAUUCAGACGCCUACGGAAAUUGUUAUGCCAUCUAUAAGUACUGAAAAACCAAUGUCACAUGUUAAAGAAGAAGUUACCGAACCAACAAUCGAAAAGGAAACAAUUCUUCCAGUUACGGCUGAUAAAACAACAUCUAAACCAUCAGCCGUUACAGAUCGUUUCGACGAAGCACCAAUAAUUGUAGCAUCUAUCGAAGAAAGUUCUUCUGAAGGUACAGAUAAGGAUACAGAAGGCAGUGAAUAUACAACCACCCCAUCAGGUGAUAAAAAACAAACACCAGAAAUACCAGAAACACAAGAUCACAAAGUUGUAUCAACAACGGAGAAGGAAACAACAACAGAACAUUUCGAUGAAACAUUAUCUCACACUAUCGCACCAUUCUCUGAUGAAAGUGAUAAGGAUCAUAUUGAAGAUCAAACUUCCAUUCCAGCUACGGAAGAAGAAAAGGAAAAACCUGAAACUUUGGCUCAUACUGUUGUUCCACCAAGUAUGGAUGAGGAGAAAACGGGAGAACCAUCACGUAUGGACGAAAUAUUACCACAUACUACUGCAUCUUCAAUUACAGAAAAAGAAGAAGAGAAACCAUAUAUCGAUGACACACUGGCUCAUACUGUUGCACCACCAAGUGCGGGAGAAGAAGAAAAAGAAAAAGAGAAACCUCACGCUGAAGCGACGGUGGAUCAUACUGAUAAGCCAUCAAGUACAGAAGAAGAGCCACACAUUGAUGAAACUUUGGCUCCUACUACUACACCUUCAAGUACAGAGAAAGAAGAAGGAGAAAAGGAAAAACCACAUGUUGAUGAUACAUUGGCUCAUACUGUGGCUCCAUCAAGUACAGAAGAAGAUGAAGAAGAAAAAGAAAAACCACACAUCGAUGAUACUUUGGCUCAUACUGCGGCUCCAUCAAGUACAGAAGAGGAUGAAGAAGAAAAAGAAAAAGAAAAAGAAAAACCACACAUCGAUGAUACAUUGGCUCAUACAGUGGCUCCAUCAAGUACAGAAGAGGAUGAAGAAGAAAAAGAAAAACCACAUGUCGAUGAUACAUCGGCUCAUACAGUGGCUCCAUCAAGUACAGAAGAAGAUGAAGAAGAAAAAGAAAAACCACAUGUCGAUGAUUCAUUGGCUCACACAGUGGCUCCAUCAAGUACAGAAGAGGAUGAAGAAGAAAAAGAAAAACCACAUGUUGAUGAAACGUUGGCUCACACAACUACACCUUCAAGUACAGAAGAAGAAAAAGAAAAACCACAUGUUGAUGAUACAUUGGCUCAUACAGUGGCUCCAUCAAGUACAGAAGAAGAUGAAGAAGAAAAAGAAAAACCACACAUCGAUGAUACUUUUGCUCAUACUGUGGCUCCAUCAAGUACAGAAGAAGAUGAAGAAGAAAAAGAAAAACCACAUAUCGAUGAAACGUUGGCUCACACAACUACACCUUCAAGUACAGAAGAAGAAAAAGAAAAACCACAUGUCGAUGAUACAUUGGCUCAUACAGUGGCUCCAUCAAGUACAGAAGAAGAUGAAGAAGAAAAAGAAAAAGAAAAACCACAUAUCGAUGAAACGUUGGCUCACACAACUACACCAUCAAGUACAGAAGAAGAAGAAAAAGAAAAAGAAAAAGAAAAACCACAUAUCGAUGAAACGUUGGCUCACACAACUACACCAUCAAGUACAGAAGAAGAAAAAGAAAAACCACAUGUCGAUGAUACAUUGGCUCAUACAGUGGCUCCAUCAAGUACAGAAGAAGAUGAAGAAGAAAAAGAAAAAGAAAAACCACAUGUCGAUGAUACUUUGGCUCAUACAGUGGCUCCUUCAAGUACAGAAGAAGAUGAAGAAGAAAAAGAAAAACCACACAUCGAUGAUUCAUUGGCUCAUACAGUGGCUCCAUCAAGUACAGAAGAAGAUGAAGAAGAAAAAGAAAAAGAAAAACCACAUGUCGAUGAUACAUUGGCUCAUACAGUGGCUCCAUCAAGUACAGAAGAAGAAAAAGAAAAACCACAUGUCGAUGAUACAUUGGCUCAUACAGUGGCUCCUUCAAGUACAGAAGAAGAUGAAGAAGAAAAAGAAAAACCACACAUCGAUGAUACUUUCGCUCAUACUGUGGCUCCAUCAAGUACAGAAGAGGAUGAAGAAGAAAAAGAAAAAGAAAAACCACAUGUCGAUGAUACAUUGGCUCAUACAGUGGCUCCAUCAAGUACAGAAGAAGAUGAAGAAGAAAAAGAAAAACCACAUGUUGAUGAUACUUUGGCUCAUACAGUGGCUCCAUCAAGUACAGAAGAAGAUGAAGAAGAAGAAAAAGAAAAACCACAUGUCGAUGAUACAUUGGCCCAUACAGUGGCUCCAUCAAGUUCAGAAGAAGAUAAAGAAGACAAAGAAAAACCACACACCGAUGAUACUUUGGCUCAUACUGUGGCUCCAUCAAGUACAGAAGAGGAUGAAGAAGAAAAAGAAAAAGAAAAAGAAAAAGAAAAACCACAUAUCGAUGAAACGUUGGCUCACACAACUACACCUUCAAGUACAGAAGAAGAAAAAGAAAAACCACAUGUCGAUGAUACAUUGGCUCAUACAGUGGCUCCAUCUACUACAGAAGAAGAUGAAGAAGAAAAAGAAAAAGGAAAACCACAUGUUGAUGAUACAUUGGCUCAUACAGUGGCUCCUUCAAGUACAGAAGAAGAUGAAGAAGAAAAAGAAAAACCACACAUCGAUGAUACUUUCGCUCAUACUGUGGCUCCAUCAAGUACAGAAGAGGAUGAAGAAGAAAAAGAAAAAGAAAAACCACAUGUCGAUGAUACAUUGGCUCAUACAGUGGCUCCAUCAAGUACAGAAGAAGAUGAAGAAGAAAAAGAAAAAGAAAAACCACAUGUCGAUGAUACAUUGGCUCAUACAGUGGCUCCUUCAAGUACAGAAGAAGAUGAAGAAGAAAAAGAAAAAGAAAAAGAAAAACCACAUGUCGAUGAUACUUUCGCUCAUACUGUGGCUCCAUCAAGUACAGAAGAGGAUGAAGAAGAAAAAGAAAAACCACAUGUCGAUGAUACAUUGGCUCAUACAGUGGCUCCAUCAAGUACAGAAGAAGAUGAAGAAGAAAAAGAAAAACCACAUGUCGAUGAUACAUUGGCCCAUACAGUGGCUCCAUCAAGUUCAGAAGAAGAUAAAGAAGACAAAGAAAAACCACACACCGAUGAUACUUUGGCUCAUACUGUGGCUCCAUCAAGUACAGAAGAGGAUGAAGAAGAAAAAGAAAAAGAAAAAGAAAAACCACAUAUCGAUGAAACGUUGGCUCACACAACUACACCUUCAAGUACAGAAGAAGAAAAAGAAAAACCACAUGUCGAUGAUACUUUUGCUCAUACUGUGGCUCCAUCUACUACAGAAGAGGAUGAAGAAGAAAAAGAAAAACCACAUAUCGAUGAAACGUUGGCUCACACAACUACACCUUCAAGUACAGAAGAAGAAAAAGAAAAACCACAUGUUGAUGAAUCAUUGGCUCAUACAGUGGCUCCAUCAAGUGCAGAAGAAGAUGAAGAAGAAAAAGAAAAACCACACAUCGAUGAAACAUUGGCUUACACAACUACACCUUCAAGUACAGAAGAAGAAAAAGAAAAACCACAUGUCGAUGAUACAUUGGCUCAUACAGUGGCUCCAUCUACUACAGAAGAGAAUGAAGAAGAAAAAGAAAAAGAAAAAGAAAAAGAAAAACCACACACCGAUGAAACCUUGGCUCACACAACUACACCUUCAAGUACAGAAGAAGAAAAAGAAAAACCCCAUGUCGAUGAUACUUUGGCUCAUACUGUGGCUCCAUCAAGUACAGAAGAGGAUGAAGAAGAAAAAGAAAAACCACAUAUCGAUGAAACGUUGGCUCACACAACUACACCUUCAAGUACAGAAGAAGAAAAAGAAAAACCACAUAUCGAUGAUACUUUGGCUCAUACUGUGGCUCCAUCAAGUACAGAAGAGGAUGAAGAAGAAAAAGAAAAACCACAUGUCGAUGAUACUUUGGCUCAUACUGUGGCUCCAUCUACUACAGAAGAGGAUGAAGAAGAAAAAGAAAAACCACAUAUCGAUGAAACGUUGGCUCACACAACUACACCUUCAAGUACAGAAGAAGAAACAGAGAAACCACACAUUGAUGAUUUAUUGGCUCAUACAGUGGCUCCAUCAAGUACAGAAGAAGAUGAAGAAGAAAAAGAAAAAGAAAAACCACAUGUCGAUGAUACAUUGGCUCAUACAGUGGCUCCAUCAAGUGCUGAAGAAAAUGAAGUUGAAAAAGAAAAAGAAAAACCACACAUCGAUGAUACUUUGGCUCAUACAGUGGCUCCAUCAAGUACAGAAGAGGAUGAAGAAGAAAAAGAAAAACCACAUGUUGAUGAUACAUUGGCUCACACAGUGGCUCCAUCAAGUACAGAAGAAGAUGAAGAAGAAGAAAAAGAAAAACCACAUAUCGGUGAUACAUUGGCUCAUACUGUGGCUCCAUCAAGUGUAGAAGAAGAUGAAGAAGAAAAAGAAAAAGAAAAACCACACAUCGACGAAACAUUGGCUCACACAACUACACCUUCAAGUACAGAAGAAGAAAAAGAAAAACCACACAUCGAUGAUUCAUUGGCUCAUACAGUGGCUCCAUCUACUACAGAAAAGGAUGAAGAUGAAGAAGAAAAAGAAAAACCACACACCGAUGAUACAUUGGCUCAUACAGUGGCUCCAUCAAGUACAGAAGAAGAUGAAGAAGAAAAAGAAAAAGAAAAAGAAAAAGAAAAACCACAUGUCGAUGAUACUUUGGCUCAUACUGUAGCUCCAUCAAGUAUAGAAGAAGAUGAAGAAGAAGAAAAAGAAAAGCCACAUAUCGAUGAUUCAUUGGCUCAUACAGUGGCUCCAUCAGGUUCAGAAGAAGAUGAAGAAGAAAAAGAAAAAGAAAAACCACAUGUCGACGAAACAUUGGCUCAUACUACUACACCUUUAAGUACAGAAGAAGAUGAAGAAGAAAAAGAAAAACCACAUGUUGAUGAUUCAUUGGCUCAUACAGUGGCUCCAUCUACUACAGAAGUAGAUGAAGAAGAAAAAGAAAAACCACACACCGAUGAUACAUUGGCUCAUAUAGUGGCUCCAUCAAGUACAGAAGAAGAAAAUGAAAAACCACAUGUCGAUGAUUCUUUGGCUCAUACUGUAGCUCCAUUAAGUAUAGAAGAAGAUGAAGAAGAAGAAAAAGAAAAGCCACAUAUCGAUGAUUCAUUGGCUCAUACAGUGGCUCCAUCAAGUUCAGAAGAAGAUGAAGAAGAAAAAGAAAAAGAAAAACCACACAUCGACGAAACAUUGGCACAUACUACUGUACCUUCAAUUACAGAAAAAGAAGAACAGACACCAUCAAGCACUGAAAAAGAAGACAGUCCACAUGCUGGAGAAAUAUUGGAUUAUACUGUUGUUCCACCAAGUGCGCAGGAGGAAGAAAAAGAAAAACCAAACAUCGACGAAAUGUUGGCUCAUACCCAUGCUCCUUCAACAUCAGAAGAAGAAAAAGAAAAACCAGACAUCGACGAAACAGUUGCUCAUACUGUGGCUCCAUUAAGUUCAGAAGAAGAAGAAGAAGAAAAAGAAAAACCACACAUCGACGAAGCAUUGGCUCAUACUACUACACCUUCAAGUACAGAGAAAGAAGAGAAACUUCAUGUUGAAGAAGAUGAAGAAGAAAAAGAAAAAGAAAAGCCACUUAUCGAUGAUUCAUUGGCUCAUACUGUUGCUCCAUCUAGCGGGGAAGAAGAGGAAGAAGAAAAAGAAAAACCACAUUUGGACGAUACAUUGGUUCAUACUACUUCACCUUCACUUACAGAAAAAGAAGAAGAGAAGGAGAAACCACUCGUCGAUGACUCAAUGGCCCAUACAGUGGCUCCAUCAAGCACAGAGGAAGAAGAAAAAGAAAAACCACACGUCGAUGAUUUAUUCGCUCAUACCACUAUACCUUCAGUUACAGAAAAAGAAGAACAAAAACCACAUAUCGAUGACACCCCGGCACAUACUGUUGCUCCAUCGAGUGCGGAAGAAGAAGAUAAGACACAGCUUGAUGAAACAUUGGCUCAUACCGUUGCUCCAUCCAGUUCAGAAGAAGAAGAAGGAGAAAAAGAAAAACCAUAUGUUGAUGAAAAAUUGGCUCACACUACUGCACCUUCAAGUACGGAACAAGGAGAAGAAGAUAAACCAGAAAUACCACAUAUCGAUGACACAAUAGCGCAAACCAUUGCUCCUUCAACUUUAGAAGAAGAAAAGGAAAAACCACAUAUAGAUGAUACUUUAGUUCCUACUGCUGCUCCCGGUAGUGAAGACGAAGGAGAAAAACCACAUAUUGAUGAAGCACUGGCACACACUUUUGCUCCUGCAACUAAUGACACUGAAAAAGAAUCUUUGGAUAAAGUUAUCCCUAUAUCACCUGCUUCUGAAAUACCUGAUAAAGAACAUAAGGAUGCGACAACUGUUGCUCCACCAGCUGAUUCAUCUACUACAGAAGAUGUUGGAGAAGAAACGUUUGAAGAUGUCACACCUAUAGUACCUGCUGAUCAUUUUGACCAUAAACCAGAACUUGUUUCUGGUGCAAAGAUUGAACCACAAGCAAUUGAAACAUCUACAAGCAUUCCGGUUUCUACUGCUACAGAUGCAACUGUAACGGAGCCUACGGAAAGUGAAAUAAGCACACAAAAGAUAACUGAUCUAGAAUCGCAAAAACCUGUUAAGGGUAAACCUGUGGUAGCAGAUUUGAACUCAGUUGAAGAAUCUGAGGAGUCUGUAGAGUCUGAGGAAGAAACAACAACUGAACACAUUGCACAACACAUUGCACAAUUUGUGACUGAAAGAGUGGAUACCACAGCUAAGCCUGAAGAUAAAAUAAAACCAGAAACUGAGUCAAGCUCUGAAGAUGAGGGUGAAGACUUACACGAACCAAUUGUACCAACUACGCAAGGUACGGACGUCACAUCAAGUACUGAAUCAUCAACUGCCCCAACAAUUACCGACACUGAAAUGGAUACAGAAGACAAAGAAAAACCUGUCGAUAGCACUGAGAAACCUGAUAUUGAAAAAGAGUCCCAAGCGGAUAUUCAGAAAGAUGUACAUAAAGAGCCAAGCACAAUCAAACCUGUUCUUGAAGAGGAAGAUAAGACUGAUAUUAUUGCUGAAACUCCAAGCAAGGAAGAUGAAAAAGAAAUCGCAGAUGAAACCAGCACUGAACACAAAGAGGUUGAACCUGAAGCAACAACUGCAACAUCAUUAUAUCCGGCUAGUACCAGCGCUACCGAAAUUGAACAUAAAAUCGACACUGCAAAUGUCACAGAACCAACAAUUGAUUACCAACCCGAAUCAUCAACUGCGAGCACAACAACAACAACCACCGAAACACCAACACAAGCUCCUGUUUCACACUAUCCACCCCCACCACCACAUUACGGUCCCUCAUCACAAUAUCCAUCAUAUUCAGAAGAUGAAUAUACAGAUGAAGAUGAAACAGAAGUAUUUGGACCUGGCACUUGCCGUUAUGGUGGCAAGUUAUAUGUUUCAGCCCAACAAAUACCACGCGAUGAUCCUUGCGACUUUUGCUUCUGCUUUAGAAGCGAUAUCAUCUGUUUGCAACAAUCUUGCCCGCCACCAAUUGCUGGAUGUCACGAAGAACCAAUUAGUGGCUUCUGUUGUCCAAGAUAUGAGUGUCCCGUAUCAAUGGCAACUGUAUUAAAUAUUACAACGAGCACAACAACAACAAGCACAACAUUACCACCACAUUUCCUACAUCAUUCAUAUGGUGGUGCUGUGGAGCGCAAUGGUUGUCAAAUUAAUGGAAAAUCAUAUAAAGUCGGUGAAAGAAUCGAAUCGAAGAGUGGUCCAUGCAUUAAUUGCAGUUGCGGCGGUGAUGGACAGAUGAAGUGCGACCCUCAAGCCUGCAUUCCAGAGCCAACCAUGCAACAAGUUAUGGCCGCUGUAGCAGCCGGCAGAAAGAGAUGAACUGUUCAAAAUGCUAAUUAAAACAAAUUAUUAAAUUAAACAAGUUAAUUAUAUUGAAAAAAAAUUAGAAAAAAAUAAUGAUAAUAAUGCGAUUCUGCAUUAAAGGUGCCAAAAGAAAAAUUAAAAAAAUUUUAUAUGUUUACUAAAAAAGAAAACUAACGAAUACGGAAAAAUCAAGAUAAAAACUAUUUAUAUUAUUUAGCAUAUAUACUUUUUGAUUUUAAUAAUUUUCCUUUUAAUUAGCUUAGUUGAAGCCAACCAGUGAUAUUGUACUUUAUACUAAGUAUAAGUGCAAUUACAAGUAAUUAAAACGCACUUAAGGAAAUUUUUUUUUUAAGGAAAACCUAAUUAAUAUUUUAUUUAUGUAUGUGUAAAUUUAUAUGUGAAUUUCCUGCUUUAAGUUUAUCUAUUUGUAACGUAGUUCUUUGUGCCAUUGUAAGAUGAAACUGAACCGUUUAUUCAAGAGACUCAAUCUAAUAAUAAAAUUCACUAUGCGACCCUAUAAUGCCACAAAGAAUAACGUUAUGAAAGAUCCUUAAGAUCCUUAAAUGAUCGCUAGAUCGCUGGAUCACUAUAACGGUCGAUCACUAUUUUUAAAAUGUAUACUAUUUAAUGCUCUCUAUAUUUACUAUAUUUUUUCCUUUAAUUUAUUA